UCAGAGUGGAUUCGUCUCUUGGCCCAUUCGGAUGUGGCCUCCGUGCGCGCGUUGUCCACUGACAGUUUUAUUAUUAUUAUUGUUGUUAUUAUUAUUAUUAUUAUUUGGGGCCCAAAGCUAACUCUUGCCCUUUUGAGCUGCGCGUAAUUUCGGUUUUGGUUUCGAAUAAUAUCCAUUCGGCAUCUCGCGUUCGCGUUGUUUUCGAGUGCAUCCACAACCACAUCGACAUCGACAUCCAUAGCACUGCGAUUGUUGUUGUGUUCCAGUUGCCGUUUUGUGGGAGAUGGCCGAAACGAUCAGUACGGCGGCCAGCGGCAUGGAGUUGGCCCUAAAGGAUCCCAGUCCGACGGUGGGCGGCGGCAUCAUUGUGGACAUGACGCCCACCACGGCGGCCCUGCUGCACCACAAUGCGAUGGCGCUGCGCAGUCUCAAAGAGGCCGCCUCAUCCGCCUCCGAAUCGGAGCUGCAGGAGCCGCGAUCGCCGACGCCCACGCCCACGAAUCUCAGCACCGGUCCCCACUCGCCGCCCAUGACUUUUCGGUGUGAGCGUUGCGACAGUUUCGAGACCAGCUCGCGGGCCUCCCUGCUGCUCCAUGUGGUCCAGUGUCUGGCAGGUCAGGCGGCGGCGGCGGCAGCUGCGGCGGCUGCAUCGGCGAGGCUGAAGAGCGAGGAUCUUCAGGAGCCGGAGAACAUGAGCCUGGGCCACAUGGAGGGCGGCAAGGGCGAUGGCCAGGCGGGCAACCACUCCAGCUCUUCGGCCAGCUCCUCGCCGGCGGGAAAUAGCGGCGGAGGCGGUGGCGGCGGCAGCAGCAGCAGCAGUUCCCGCAAGGUCUUCGAGUGCGAUGUGUGCAACAUGAAGUUCUCCAAUGGCGCCAAUAUGCGGCGCCACAAGAUGCGACACACGGGCGUCAAGCCCUACGAGUGCCGGGUGUGCCAGAAGAGGUUCUUCCGCAAGGAUCACCUGGCGGAGCACUUUACAACGCACACCAAAACGCUGCCCUAUCACUGUCCCAUCUGCAAUCGGGGCUUCCAGCGCCAGAUAGCGAUGCGUGCCCACUUCCAGAACGAGCAUGUGGGCCAGCACGAUUUGGUGAAGACAUGUCCGCUCUGCAGUUACCGUGCGGGUUCGAUGAAAUCGCUAAGGAUUCACUUCUUCAACCGGCACGGCAUCGAUCUGGAUAAUCCGGGACCGGGAGGUACCUCCUCGCUGCUCUUGGCCCUCGAAUCGCAGGCUUCGGCGGCGGCAGCAGCAGCGGCAGCUAGCUACGUGCCACCUGGCCUAAGUCCGGUGCCUGUGCAAUCUCAGUCCCAGCAGCAACAGCAACAACAGCAGCAGCAGCAGCAGCAGCAACAACAGGUUGCUCCGCCGGCCAGCGACAGUGGGGAGUCCAUGCGGUCCCUCGAGAAUGCCACGCCCCCGAUGCACUUCCUCACGCCGCACGUGGAGAUCUCGACGCUGGGCGAGAGCGGCAAUACGGAGCUGUUCAAUCUGAUUUGCGUUUGGCGUGAAUCUGCAUUGCAGGGCAACAACAAUAACAAUAGCAUCAACAACAACAACAACAACAACAACAACAACAACAACAACAACAACUGCGUUACCAACAAUAACAACAACAACAGCGGGAGCAACUCCAUUAGCAAUGGAAAUGCCGAGUCCAAUGGCGAUAAGGUGAAAGAUCGAGCCCACAUCAUGCAAUCGCCGGUGGAGUUGCCCAUGGAUUGCAAUACAAAGGCCACGCCCAUCACAUCCAGCACCACAGCCAGCAGUCUGAGUGGCGGUCUCAAGAGCCACCAUCAGCAUCCGCACCAUCAGCACCACCAUCAUCAUCAUCACCACCACGAGAACCACAUAACGCCGUCGAUCAGUCUGAUACCCAUCAAACAGGAGCCCAUGCUAGAGGAUGUGGAUAAGAAAGACUUGAUGAACGGCAGUGAUCCAAACAGCGAUACAGAGCAGGCUUCCAAUAACAAUAACAAUAACAGCAGCAGCAACAACAACAACAACAGAAUCACCUCAUUGAUCAAGGUCUCACCAUUGAAAUCGCUCCUGCGCGAGGAUCUCAAGCGGCGCAUCUGCGCGAAGGCCAACAACCGGAUCACCCGGAAUGCCACACCGCUGGAGAGUAAUAACAACAAUUCCGUGUUGUCCAACAGCCUGAGCAAUGGAUCGGGUCGAGGAUCACCCGGCGUCAAUGGCGGCAGCGGUGGCGGAGGAGCUGCCGGACCGCCCACACCGGCGACACCCAAUGGCGCGAAUGGCGCCAACUCGACGCCCAUCUGCAACGGAACGAUCACGUCGACCGGCCAGGACGGAGACCUGCUGCUCAACCGCAAGCUGAUCCUCACCUGCCACUUCUGCGGCAUCGAGUUCCCCGACGAGACGCUCUACUUCCUGCACAAGGGCUGCCACUGCGAGAGCAAUCCGUGGCGGUGCAACAUCUGCGGCGAGCAGCUGAACAACGUCUACGAGUUCAACUCGCACCUGCUCAGCAAGAGCCAUCAAUAGCAGCCACAGUGGGCCGGCAAGUAGGUCGUGGACCCACAAAUGGCUUGCCGGCUCGGGAUCUGGACGGUCCCCCGAAUCAAACCAGAUUCAGAAUAUUUACUUAGCUCAAUUUUGAGAGAUUUUCCACAACCAGGCACACAGUUAAGCUCAGAGCAAAUUAUACACUUACCAUCUAGUUCUACGUUUACACUUACGUCUACGUUACAUAUAUAGUUAGUUAGAGAUAACUCAUCAUAUUUUUAUGAUCUGCAUGCAGAGAGUAUGAAAAUCAAAUGAGAGCUACGUAGUUACCUAAUCCCUUAAAGAGUCGAAAUGUCAAAAUAUCGAAAAGUCGUACGACGAACAGUCGAGAUUGCAGAAUCAAAAACGGAAUGCGAUGGAUAUGCAUACAUACAUAUAUACCUUCCCGGAAACCAACCCUGUUAUGUAGUCUUAUUAUGCAUUAGGUUUUGUAGUUUAGUCCUUAAGUACUUUGGCAAUAAUUUCCAGCCGGUUCAACUGGCCAGCAAACACUUGCGUCAACGCGGGUCCGCUUAAGUCGGUUUUAGUGCAUUAUAUAUACAUAGCUAAGGCUCGCCUCAAAGGCGGCAGUUUAUGGUUUUAGACAUCCACACUUCACACUUGACACCACACAUAGAUACAUCUGAUAUAUAUAUGCCUAUACAGUUGCAGCGAAGGGCUUUAAAUUUGUUAUGUUUUCAGAGUUUAAUGCGACGGCAGCAAGUUUAAUUACGCGGAUAUAAACGAGAAGCUAUACCUACAUAUAUUUACAUAUAAACAACAGGAUAUAUACGUACAUAGCCAGGUUAUAUACACCACUGUCACACAGAUACAGAAAGCAGACAUACACACAGAUACAGAUACAGUUACAGAUAUAGAUCCGGAUUCAGAUUCAGAUUCAGAUAAAGAUUAUUUUAGCUUAGCAGAGGGUUAACGAAUUAUGAAUUCAAUUAUUAUACUCGUACCUUUUACAUAGCUCCUAGUUUGAAUAACUAAUCUAACACAAUAACAGCAACGAUCGAGGAUUCUUCGAUUGUGGAAAAACAUUUCGAAUAUUCGCACAGUGCUGCUCGUAAGUUUGCAUACAACUGGAGCGUAAGAACAUUUUUUAAACAAGCAAGACAAAAACAUGCAAAAAUUACAAUUGUGAUACGAAAUUGUUGUAAAUAAUUGGUAAAUCGAAAUAUGAGUAACAUGAACUUUAUCGUUUAGACAAAACUAUGCCUUAGAUGCCUAUGAUAUAGCAUUACAUACAUAUACUGAUAUACUGAUAUCUACAUCUACGAUACGAGCGAUCACUGUACAAACAACCAACUGGACAAGAAACUGUUGAUUAGUAUAGUUAACUUUAGUGUAAAUCAAAAUUUGAAAAUGAAAUCCCUGCCCUCGACUCCCCUCCCCUUCCCCUUCCCUAAUUCCUGCCCCAUCCCAUUCCAACCCCCCCUUUGCUGACGUCACGGGUUGUAUGCAGCCAGCAAGGCGCCACUGUGCGCUAAAUUUUACUUCAAAAUAACAUCCGUCCAUGAUGUUCACAAAUUCUAGCGAAAAUAACACACUUAUCCAUAAUGCUUAUGUAUGUAAAAUCAAAACAAAAAACGGGAUUCGAAGCCAAUCACAAUUGUUUAGUUUCCAUAUUCUUCUGUUAUUUGAUCUGUACUUUUAGCUAGCGUUAAUUAUUAGUCGAAGGUUUUUGUUAAUAAUUUUUGUUGUUCAUCAUCCGUUAGCACAUUAGAAGACACCUGCAGCACAUUGCACAUUAUGUACAUUACGUUCUUCCCAACUUCUUCUUAUAGCAAUAUAUGGUAAUCAACCCUUUAUUUUGCUCUUCUCUAGCCAAUUCAUACUUGUAAAAAUGGUUUGUUGUGUUCAGUUAAUAUUUACUACUUACUACUCGGUAAUUUACCACAUAGGGCGUAAUUUUGUUUUUGUUUUUAACUUUGUUAAUAAACUAGCAUCAAGUUGUUACACAAAUCAAUCCAUUGCAAAAUCAAAAAGCGUAUAACGUUGAAUGUAACAAUUGAGCAAUUUUUAGCGAUCUUUCAUGUUAAAUUUUAAUAGAAUUAAAACGAUAACGGAACAUUUAAAACAAAAUGGAAAACACCAAAUGGAUUAAGAACAGAAACAAAACAUUUACUUAAUUAGUGAUUAUAAUUCUAGCUACAAACAAAAAAGGCAUGUUAAUUUUUUAGAAAUAAAAAUGGUUUAAAACAAA